GAUGUGCCAAAACGUGCGCUUGGCUUGACUUAAGUGACUUUCAAAACACACCGAAGGAAUAGUCAGUACUGAGUAAAGAAUUAAGAUGUAAUCUGGAUGGAAGAUUUGUGUCCAGGCAGCUAGGUAAAGAAAACGUGUAAUGGAGGGGUUGAGAGUUGUCAAAAUCGCCUUUAAAAUGCCUAAACUGCGGGCUUUUAUUCAUUACGCACAAACCCGACUAUGCUCCUCCACUGCAGUCUCCAGUGCACAGAGGAGAAGAAUAACUUUAGAUAAACUCAGAGAUGCUUUGUCAAAAGGGCCAAGAUUUCCUGAUUUCAUUCAAGAAUUCUUGCCUCCCAAACCCAGUCCUGCCCGUGGUGAAGAGCUCCAGGAGGACACCAGUUACUUGACUGACACGAACCAGGGACACUCAAGGAAAGUGUACUUUGAAACGUAUGGAUGCCAAAUGAAUGUGAACGACACAGACAUCGCAAUGUCCAUAUUACUUAAGAAUGGUUAUCAACAAACUAAGAACCUCAACCAGGCAGAUGUCGUCCUACUGGUUACCUGCUCCAUCAGGGAAAAAGCUGAACUAACCAUAUGGAAUAGACUGCAACAGCUCAAAGCUUUGAAGAAGAAACGCUUAAAGAGCAACAUUCCCUUGAAAAUAGGCAUUUUAGGUUGUAUGGCUGAGAGACUGAAGACGGAGCUCUUAGAACGAGAGAAGUUGGUAGACCUUCUGGCUGGUCCAGAUGCUUACCGGGACCUCCCUCGGCUCCUUACUGUGGCGGAGGGUGGUCAGCAGGCCAGUAAUGUUCUGCUUUCACUGGAGGAGACAUAUGCUGAUAUUAUGCCCGUUCAGCAUGCGCCUCAGGGUUACAGUGCAUUUGUUUCGAUAAUGCGAGGCUGUGACAACAUGUGUAGUUAUUGCAUUGUACCUUUCACUCGGGGCAGAGAGAGGAGUCGGCCUAUUAGUUCGAUUCUAGAAGAAGUCCGCUUACUGUCAGAUCAGGGUGUGAAAGAAGUCACAUUGCUUGGUCAGAAUGUAAACAGCUACAGAGAUACUUCAGAGGAACAGUUCUGUGGGUCAGAUGUGACCAGGCUCAGUCGGGGCUUCAGCACCGUUUACAAAGCCAAAAAAGGAGGCCUGCGUUUCUCUGACCUGCUGGACCGAGUGUCACGCAUUGACCCUGAAAUGCGAAUCCGAUUCACCUCUCCUCAUCCUAAAGAUUUUCCUGAUGAGGUUUUACAAUUGAUUGCAGAAAGAAGAAACAUCUGUAAGCAGAUUCAUCUUCCAGCUCAGAGUGGGAGUAACCAAGUCCUCCAAGCGAUGCGUCGUGGUUACACACGAGAGGCCUACCUUGAGCUUGUGGACAACAUCAAGAGUGUCAUUCCCGGGGUGAGUCUAAGCAGUGACUUCAUCUCGGGCUUCUGUGGAGAGACAGAGGAGGACCACCUGCAGACCCUGUCCCUGAUCAGAGCUGUGGGCUACAACAUUGGGUUUCUCUUUGCGUAUUGUAUGAGAAAGAAAACCCAUGCUUACCACCGUCUAGAAGAUGAUGUCCCACCUGAGGUGAAGCAGCGUCGACUGGCAGAGUGCAUUGAUGUGUUUAGAGAGGAGGCUGCUAAGAUCAAUGCUUCUCUCAUCAGUUCCACCCAGCUUGUCUUGGUGGAGGGGGAAAGUAAAAGGUCUGCAGCAGACCUGUGUGGAAGAACAGAUGGCAACAUGAAGGUGAUUUUCCCUAAAGAUGAUGUUCUUGCUACAGGAGUCAUCAAAGCUGGAGAUUAUGUGCUUGUUACGAUCCAAUCGGCUACCUCCCAAACUCUAAGAGGUCGAGGACACAGCCUCAGCUCCUUGAGUGGCUCUUUUCAGCACUGCCUUUCAUCAAACAUGCACACACAUUGUUAAAUGUUGUGAUAACAACACUGUAUUUGUUUAUUAAAAAAAAAAUCUCUUGAGAAUAAAACCUACAAUACUUA